CUGUACUAUAGAGCAUGGAGGGGGACACACUGGAUCUCUGAGCAGCAGCUUGGGAUUGUAUCCAAUUCUAAAAUGUGUUCUGACAACAAACUGCCCUCUCAGUUCAACUGGUCCUGCAACAGAAUCCAACUGGUGUGGGAUGGAUUUGCUUCCAAAGUCCAGAGACGAGAACUAAAUUUAAGCCCGAUCGCACAGCGGUAACUACUUCAAUGAAAUGAGUGUGUUCUCGUGACAUCGGGACAAUUCUACUCUGAAAGCUCUGAAGAGGACAAGUUGACAUUUGAGAGAGCUGCCAGCUAAUGCUGCCACCGGAGUUUCCCUGGGACUUAUGCUGUUUCUAAUGCCGUUUCACACUGAAAAAGCCAGGACGCUCUUAAAGCCUAAGAAUUCGUCAACUAGAACUGUGAACUGGACUAAAUGAAAAUUAAAAGAAGACAGGAAGACGGCUUUGCCUUAAAUUUCAAAGACAAGGUUCAAGUCAAAACCAGGUCAAAAAAAUGAGGACUAGUUUGAGACAAUGCGGUAGAAAGCUGGACAAAAUAUGACAAAUGAAUCCAAUCCAGGAUCAUGGCUUGACCAACUAUGUUUAAGACCAACGAACACAAUCUGAUGAGUUGCCCAAAGGAAGAUAUACACAAAUAAUGAAGCUGUAUCCAGCUAGAGGAUUACAAAUUCACACAUUUAAGACCUGGUGCUCUGGAUCCACAGUGCUGAUUGUGACACUUGAGAAGUUGGCUUGAUGUGUAGGAGUGUGUUUUCCUCUGAUUUACCUUUUCAUUACCACUUCUGGCACGAUGCAUCAAGCAGAGAUUGUGUGGAGGUGACUGGAUAUCUUAGCUGUGGGGUCUGAAGCCUUGUGACCCCUAGUGAGUAUCGGUGUGUGUUUUCUGCACAGAUAGUACGUGUGCGUAUAAAUGUGGAGGUGCUAUGCUGAGGGUGUCAGGUGUCGCACCAGCUCCGUCGGGCCACGAGUGGCGAUUUCAGUGUUCUGUUGGCGUGGACUGUAGCGACGCUGAACCUCGCUGUAUCUGGCUCGCAGUUUUAAGGGGUGUUUCACCGCACGCCUCACCACGCCCAACACCCAUCGCAUCACCAAGAAGACGGGGCUCCAGGAGGGUCAUACAGCGCCAUCGAUUGUCCUGGGCUAAAGGACGGAGAGAUGGCAUGCUGUCGUCCAAUGAGAACAGGCGCCGGCCGCUGUCGUCGGGUGAGGUGGAGGGCGUGUCAUGGCAGGGCCCUCGGACCAUUUUUGUCCAGAAGAACUCACAGGGAUUUGGCUUCACUCUACGCCAUUUCAUUGUCUACCCACCAGAGUCGUCCCUCCACAGCCUCAAGGAUGAAGAGAACGGAAAUGCAACUGGAAAAGCGGGCUGCCAGCGGUCUCGUUUGGAGCCAAUGGACACCAUCUUUGUGAAGAGUGUCAAAGAAGAUGGACCCGCCCAACAAGCUGGACUGUGUACAGGCGACAGGUUGGUGAAAGUCAAUGGGGAGACCAUUCUGGGAAAAACCUACUCUCAGGUGAUCGCACUCAUCCAAAACAGUGAAAACAUUCUGGAGCUGGCUAUUAUGCCAAAAGAUGAGGACGUGUUGCAGUUGGUAAGUGCGUACUCCCAGGAUGCCUACCUGAAAGGCAAUGAGCCAUAUUCAGGAGAGGCCCAGAACCUCCCUGUGCCCCCGCCCCUCUGUUACCCUCCCACCAAGCCCAGCUCCACCGCCCCGCAGCCCAGCCACAGCCCCCACAGCCCCCUGGACAACUGGCAGUGCCGGCCUGGCCCUGCCGCCUCUCCACUGGAUAACCGCCCCCCAGGUGCUUCUCCCCUCACCCCCGGCUGGUCCGGGGGACCCGAGGAUAGCGGCGGCCACUUCGCCGCACCGGGGCGGCACAGAGGCCGUUCCUCUUCAGCCAUCAAUGUGCUUGACUUUCACUUUGCUAACCACAACGCUGCCAUCGCCUCUGCAACUCUGCCUCCACCACGGAAGAGCAGCCUGCCGGCCUCUGCCCGCUCUCAAGCCGAAACUCUCUGCCACCAGGCCCUGUCAGACUGGUACUACAGCCAGGCGGAGGCUGCAGAGAGCAUGUCCCCUCGCCACCGCAGUAUAUCUCAGGAUUGUUUAGCGGAGCUGGGGCUGGGGUUGGCCCUCCGUCCCGGACCUACAUCUGCUUCCACAACCACUGUGGAGCAACGCAGAAGAGAAACCCUUCUGUACCAGCACCAGGCUGCUGCUGCUGCUUCCCAUGAUUCCUAUUGGCUCGGGGGCUGGGGUGGAGUAUCAGGCCCAGGAAGCAAGUCGUGCUCAGAGAGCCUCCUGGCAGCCUACGCUGAAUACGAGCAUAACUACGGGCGUUCCGUGGAAACACUGGCCCAAGCCUCCGCACUGGUGUCACCACGCUACGAUCACUCUUCACAAGGCUCACAAAUGGCUAAAUUCAGAGAACAGAAAGACCAGAAGGUUUCAGCAGGGCAUCAGCACAAAACCACAGUGAUGUCCCCCAUCACAGCCUCCUCCACAGUGCCUCCUAGUGGCAGGCAGUCAGGUCAGCAGGUAGCUGAACCCCAAACAAGGCGAGUGAAGGAAGAAGAGCUGGUGGGCUACAAAAGCUACAGCCCGUCUUUCUCCCGCAAAGCUGGCCACCUCCUCCAGCAGGCCCACUCCUUCAGAGAGCCCGGCUACUGUGGCCCCCACCUCAACUGGAGCCCCGGCAGCAGAAGCAGCCCUGCAGACAGCGAGGGGGGGGUGGCGCCCAGGCCCCAGUCUACCCCCGCCCUGUCUGCGUCAGAGGAAGAGAGAGCCCGGCAGGGAGAGGAAAGGGAGCUCAUCUCUCCUAUCUCCCUGAAUCAAGACGUGGUGCUGAGGCAGAAGCCGCCGUCCGGCCGACGAACCCCUGUUCAGGCCGUCCGACACCCGUACUACACAACACCGGCCGAGUCACCCGAGCCCCCCGGUCUUGAACCUGCAAGAGGGACGCCGUCUCCUGUCUCCGGGGAGCCCGGCACCAACCGCAGGGCUAAUGGUAGCCUGGCUCAGCAUGCAUUCAACUCCCUGUCCUCUAUUCCCUUCAUAGAUGAUCCCACCAGUCCUAGUAUUGACCUACAGGCCUGCUAUGUACCAGCCCGCUCUGUUGUGUCCAGUUCACAGGCCUCCACUAUGGCCACCCUCACUUCCACCCCUGUCUCCCCCACCCUCUCCUCAAUCUCCCCCUUUGUCCGACUCCGUGCAAAGGACUGCAGCAGUAUUAAAGGUCGCCGCUCCUCUUACCUGCUGGCCAUCACCACAGAGAGAUCUAAGUCCUGUGACGAGGGUCUCAACAACUUCAGGGAAGAAGGCCGCGUCUUCUCCAAACUACCAAAAAGAGUAAAGAGCUUUUUCACAGAUGGGUCUCUGGAGAGCCUGCGAGCCCAGGAGGAGGCCCAGUCCAAACGCCACUCCACCUCUGAACUGGGAACCAUCACUUUUAGUGAUGUUCGCAAGGAGGGCUGGCUGCACUACAAACAGAUCCUCACAGAGAAGGGAAAGAAAGUUGGCGGUGGCAUGCGACCCUGGAAGCGCGUCUUCUCCGUGCUGCGCUCCCAUUCGCUCUUCCUCUACAAGGACAAGCGAGAGGCGGUCCUCCACGGGGCGGGGGCGGGCUCCAGCCAGGACGAACAUCCUCCAAUCAGCAUCCGCGGCUGCCUCAUCGACAUCGCCUACAGCGAAACCAAGCGGAAGCACACCUUGAGGCUGACCACGCAGGAUUUCUGCGAGUACCUACUGCAGGCGGAGGACAGGGACGACAUGUUGGCCUGGAUCAGGGUCAUCAGGGAAAACAGCAAGACCGACAACGAGGAGAUUAGCUUCUCGAGACAAGCUCUCAUCAACAAGAAGCUGAAUGACUACAGGAAGCACAGUCUGACAGGUAGUAAGCCAGACACCUCUCCCAAAGCCCAUCGCAUGAUGCCCCCCUUUCUUCUGGCGAAGACUGACAACACCUCAGUGAACCGAGCCUCCAGGACUGAUGACAACAAGGCGCUGUGGGGCAUCAACAUCAUGAAGAAAGCCAAGAAGACGGGCAGUCCGAAGGCUUUUGGUGUGCGACUGGAAGACUGUCAGCCUGCUGUCAACCAUAAAUUUGUCCCUCUGAUUGUGGAGAUGUGCUGCGGUGUGGUGGAGGAGACGGGGUUGGAUUACACAGGAAUCUACCGGGUGCCAGGGAACAACGCCAUGGUGUCUAACCUGCAGGAGCAUCUCAACAAGGGCAUGGACAUCAACACUGCUGAGGAGAGAUGGCAGGACCUGAAUGUAAUCAGCAGCCUGCUCAAAUCAUUCUUCCGGAAACUGCCUGAGCCGCUGUUCACUGAUGAUAAAUACAAUGAUUUCAUUGAUGCCAACCGGAUAGAAGACGCAGAGGACAGACUGAAGACCAUGAAGAAACUGAUCCAUGACCUCCCAGAUCACUAUUAUCACACUCUUAAGUUCCUGGUGGGUCACCUCAAGAAGGUGGCAGAUCACUCUGAAAGCAAUAAGAUGGAGCCGAGAAACAUAGCUCUGGUGUUUGGUCCUACUCUGGUGAGGACGUCAGAGGACAAUAUGACCGACAUGGUGACCCACAUGCCUGACCGCUACAAAAUAGUGGAGACGCUGAUCUUGCAUCACGACUGGUUCUUCACUAACGGAGAGCUUGAUAAGGAAGAGAAGGCCCCAGAGGAUAAGCGGGACUUCCAACCUGUGCCUAACAUUGACCAUCUGUUGUCAAACAUCGGCAGGCCGGGCAUGCCAGGAGAGGCAUCAGAUUCCACCACCAGCGAUUCACUUAAGUCAAAGCUUUCUUCACUCUCCAAGAAGGACCUGAAUGCUAGGGACUUCCUGCCCAAGUCCAUCAUCUCUGCUGUGACCCGCAAACGUAAAAAAUCCCUCAGUACCCACCAACAGGGCGGCAGUGCAGACGAGGACUCCGAUCAUGAGCCAGUCAAGACCAGCAACUUAGGGGGAGCAGAAGAAGGGGGAGUGGAGGAGGCAGAGGAUGGGAGAGAGGAAAAGGCAAUCAACAAAGAACAUACCGUUAAUAAAAAAGAAAAAUGGGAUGAAAAAGAAACUGGGGUUAAAGCUAGAGAGACCAGUGAAAGAAAAGAUGCAUUGAAUGGAGAGGGAAAGGCUGCAGAGGAAGAGGCAGAAAAGGAUCCAGGGAACAGAACAGGCAAUGGUGCAAGAAAUUCCAAAAAGGAGACCAGGCGCAGAAUGACCUUGCCAGGAAAUGCCACGCAACCUCGUCCGAACAGCGCCCUCUACUCACACCAUCAGGUCAAUGCUACAUACCCAAGACCCCCAACGGUGGCAAAUCCUCCUUCCCAUUUGAGCCCCCGUACCCCAACCCCUAGAGGACACCCUACAGCCCCUUUCUGGAUCUGCCCCACCAGGCUUCCCAACCAUUCUUCUAGCUUUUACGGGACCCAACAGGCAGACUGGAACCAGUCAGUGCCAGUGCGCUACAGGAAGACAAGAGGUGGGAGGACAAGGGCUGUUUCCAUGAAUCUGGACCUUGAGCUGUGCACGAACGAGGAGAGAGUCAGAGGAUGGCGAGCAGACAGGGUGGAGGUGGUCAGAGUCGUUGAGGGAACUCCCGCGCAGCAUGGAUGUGUUGGGGUUCCUCAGGGAUCUGUUGUAGGUCCUGGGUUAAUUCAGCAAAUGGAACACCUCCCUCGUCUUGCCCAGGAGUCUUCCCCUCUCUCCUCUUCUUCGGGAUGGGUAGAUCAAAGCUCCCCAGGAUCUCACACUGUAGUUCUGAGGAGAUCAGGCCUGGACCCACGAGACAAGACGAGAGCGUGGCGUCGUCAUACCGUGGUGGUUUAACAGUUUGAUCUUCUAAUGCAGCACUAAGUUCUUGGCCGUUACUCACAAACACUGGAUAACCUUUAGCAUUGCUUCUAAAGCUAAGUGUCCGCCAUCUUGCUUUAGGGAUCUUUGUUGUCUCAAGACUCCCUCUUGGCUUUCUUUAGACACUGCAGUUGAAGACAUGAUGUCAUGGUAAAGGAAUUCUUUAACAUUACGUGCCGCUUUGGAGUUUCAUUUCAAAAUUUGGUAAUCUUCAUUUGAAAAAUACAAUUUUUUACGAUCCAACUCCUUUUGAAGCUAUUCAUCUUUAAUCCUUCACUUACAAAAUAACUGUUGAUGUAACUAUCAAUGUCAGUAUAAUAUAUUUUGAAAAGAACAUUUAGGCUGAAUACGGCAAAUUGAGAUCCUGUUCUUUCUGGGAAAGUCUCACCAAAAUCUGAUCACAUUUCUCAGGAAAAAGAUCUCUGGGAUCCUGUGGUGUUAAGCUUUUAUGUUCACAAACAAUGGUUCCACAUAUCUGUUGCAGAUAUAUUCCAACCUAAACUGCCUUUAUUAAGGCACAGCAACAAUAGGUGAAAUAGGUGGUGCUAGAAGCUUGGUAGGAUGGUGUUGACUUCCAAGGGUUAGUUGGUGAACUGCUGAAGCUGGCAAGCUAACAUGCUAACACACAAUAACACACAGUUAGGUCGUUAAUAGGUUCACAGAGUAUGUGCAGCAUUUUACUCUCGCAGAUGAGGUGCAACACAGCUAAUAAAGUACAGUAGCUCCCACUGUUCUCAACAUCUCCAAUUCUCUUUUCUGUAAAAGAUCAGCACUACUUUGCGACUGAUCAUCAUUGCAAAUUGAAAUAUUGAAGUUUUAAGGAUUUACUUAAGUACUUACACCAAAUCUUGCCGUAUGACCAGUUCUUUACAGCAAAAUAACUGGAUACACUUGUUACAUGAAGUGGUUUCAUCCAAUAACUUUUCAGGCUAAUAUGACAAUUCACUGUGUGUAUUUAGCUGCUUGGCAAUUUUUUUUUUUUUGAUUAAGUGACCGAAACAGAAUGCAAAUCUGCAAGUAAAACUUCUAAUCUAAAAAUCUAAUAUGAAGACCUCAGUAUCAAGAAAUCAAUUGCAGAGCAGUGUUCAGACGGAUUUGAAUGCAGACGAUUAUCCUUACGUUACAACUAAAUGCCCAAGAACAAUUCUCUCCUUCUUUAAGUCACGACAACAACACGCUGAAAUGGCUGCAUGUGAGGGAUUUCCUUUAUAGGGAGAAAUCCAGGGUUUUUCUAUAUCUCUGGGAAGUAAUCCUAAAAUGUCAAUAAAACUAAAUCACCUAAAUGAAAAACAGCUAACUAUCUGAAUGAUAGAUACUAUAAUCAGAUGCAGUUUGUAGGCAAUUGAAACAAUCUCAGUGAAAAUAGUCGUGAUACAGCCAGUAGGUGGUACCAAAGUAAGGAGUUUUUAAAUCCUAAACAGGGGCUUUACCAUUAAUUUCUAAAAGAAGAGAGAAAGCCAUAACAGACAUUUGAGAUUUAAGUCCAAAGCCGAGCUGCUGCUGUUACAACUAACCCUCACCAGCAAAGACUUCAGCAGGCCGUGUGUUUUUAUUAUUGCAAACUGUACAUGCUGGUGUCUCCCCCUACUGGUUUUUAUUAACUAUGUCUUUGACAACACCAUGGGCAAAUAUCACAUAUGCAGACUUGCUUGCCUGAGCACAGCACAGUACACAUAUUCAGAGGAAACCACGCUUCAGUUUACUUCUCAGCCCUUUACGAGCUCUUCCAAAGCCUCCUGUGGAUCUACAGGGACCUUCAAUGAUCCGUGGGAGCAAAAUGACUCACUCAUUCUGGAUGAUGUGACUUGGGCAUUAUGCCAAAGCUUCUGUGGAUGAAAAAAUGUGUGCAUGGGGUCAGUGACAUAUAAGAAUAUGCAACUUUAAGUGUUCAACACAAGCCUAUUGUGCUUCCCUGUUUGUGUCUAGUGUGUAAGGGGCGGAGGGCCAGAGCUUUGAGGAUACUAACGCCUGUUUAUUCUGAAGAGCAAAGUGUUCAAGGCAGCUAUGCGAAGUUAUGCCAAAUUUUUUUUUCUAUUUGGGUAAUUCUACAAUAUCAGCAGUAUGGAGCCAAGAGAGAACCCAAGAGAAGCUAUGCACUUAGUGCAGCGAGGCUCCAGUUUAUACAUUUUAUUAGUGUUACUAAGAGUAUUGCCAUGGGAGCAGUUGAAAGUGAAUGAAUAACCUCCUUAAAUCCAAAACCACAGUCUUACCUGAGUGAUAUUUUUGCAUUUUUUCCUUUUCACAAUUUUUCUGUAUUUUUGCUGUCAUUAACAAAACUUUAGUUUCAAUAAGUCUGAAAAAAAUGGAGCUGAACCAAACUGUACUGCCAACCACUGUCAUCCAACCAGACUCCAUGUUUGUCUUAAUCAUAUCUAGACUCAGUCUGUUCUCUCUCUACCUGUGCCCUUGUGCAUGUACUUUAUGUACGUGGGUGACUGUGCGUGGACCAAUUUUGUAACAGUUGUACAAAGCCUUGUUAAGUUAACCUGUGUAUAUAAUUAUUAUACAUAAUAUAUUAAAUUAUUUGUUUUGGACUCUUG